GGAAGACUGAAGCUGUUUUGUUGUUUUCACUUGACUCAAUCGGAUAGAAUCGUCGGAUACAACUCGAAGGGUCAACAAUAGGUUUUGUUUUGUUUUGACUUUCGGGCAAAGUGGUAAAUCCGAAACCCACUUGAACGCAUCGAACGAAAACAUUUCCGCCUGCGUCAUCACGCACAACACAGUCGCCGCGCCGCUUCGUCCAAUCAGGUGAGCAGUGCGCGGCUCAGGGAAGGAGCAGAUGAUAUGGCAGCUUUGAGAGCGACCAGGUGGAACUUGCUUUGUUCGUGCGACUAGAAAACCCUUUUUGUCGGAUAUGAGAGGACCGUGACUCCGGCGCCGGUGGGAGGGGAGGGAGGGAGGGGGUGGCGGCAGCUGCUCGAGAUGAUUUACCUGAUCCUGGUUUCCGCGUUGUCCGGAGCCGUCGUCACGUUGAUACUGCAGUUCCUGCUGAUCUACCGGAGGAGCCCCGAGCCCGUGGGCAGGACGGUGCAGUAUGUCAAAGUGGUGCCCGGCAACGCGCUGAAGGAUUACUUUAAUACCCAACAUGCCGAAGCAGGACAGCAGCAGCAGCAGCAGCAGGACGCCGCCGCUGCCCAGAGGCAGCAGGAGGCCGCCGCCGCCGCCUCCUCGGCGCGGCACCAGGAAGCGGCUGUCACCGGCGGCAGCCCCAAACAACAACCGUCGCCGCCGCCGCCGAUGCCGCAGCCGCAGAGCGAGGGCACCGACGGCGCGACCAAACCCGAGACGUGCAAUUUCCUCAACGCCAUCUUCCUGUUCCUGUUCCGCGAGCUGCGCGACACGCCGCUGCUCCGACACUGGCUCACCAAGAAGAUCAAGGUGGAGUUCGAGGAGCUGCUGCAGACCAAGACGGCGGGUCGCCUGCUGGAGGCGCUGAGCCUGCGAGACAUCUCGCUGGGCGACUCGCUGCCCGUGUUCAAGACGGCGCGGCUCAUGAGGCCGGCGCAGCUGAACGACGACGGCAUGCCCGAGGAGCUCAACUUCGAGGUGGACCUCGAGUACAACGGCGGCUUCCACCUCGCCAUCGACGUGGAGCUGGUGUUCGGCAAGUCCGCCUACCUGUUCGUGAAGAUGCGGCGCGUGGUGGGCCGCCUGCGGCUGCAGUUCACGCGCGUGCCCUUCUCCCAUUGGUCCUUCUCCUUCCUGGAGGACCCGCUCGUGGACUUCGAGGUGAGGUCGCAGUUCGAGGGCAGACCGCUGCCGCAGCUCACCUCCAUCAUCGUCAACCAGCUGAAGAGGGUCAUCAAGAAGAAGCACACCUUGCCCAACUACAAGAUCAGAUACAAGCCCUUCUUCCCGUUCCAAGUGCAGCCGCCGCUGGGUUCGGUCUGUGAUCUGGACCUGUCGGUGCAGGACAGCAGGCUGGUGGAAGGCCGACUCAAAGUCACCCUCAUCGAAUGUAGCAGACUGUUCAUCCUGGGCUCCUACGACAGAGAAACCCACGUCCACUGCACCCUGGAGCUGAGCAGCCACCAGUGGAAGGAGAAGAGCCGCAGCUCCAUCAAACGGACGGAGGUUAUCAAGGGGCCAUGUGGCAGCGUGGGGAUGACCUUCAGGCAUGUUCCUGCCACUGAGGGGGAUGCGGUCCACGUCAGCAUUGAGACGGUCACGCCCAACUCCCCUGCAGCCUUGGCAGAUCUGCAGAGGGGUGAUCGCCUCAUUGCCAUUGGAGGUGUCAAAGUGACAUCCUCGGUUCAAGUGCCCAAACUAUUGAAGCAGGCUGGAGACAGGGUGGUGGUACUUUAUGAGAGGCCUGUUCGUCACCAGGCUCCCUCUCUGGGAAGCUUGGGAACUCUUCAGGAAGGGUUUGGGCAGCUCGAGGAAACAGGUUUCAUCCCCCAGCCAGGUGGCUAUGAGGAAGAGCCGGCCCCCAUCACCACCCUUUCUGACAUAUCCGACAGCAAAGACAUGGACUCUGAGUUUGAAGAGUUGAUUGUGGACUCCAAACUUAACCAGACGGGUGGCCCCAACAGCAGUACUACAAAUACCAGUGAAUCUAAGGAGGAUUUCUUACUCACAGUUAACCAAAGCCCCAAAAGGACUGUGGCCAACUUGGCCUCCAAGCCCCUUGGUUCCAUAUCACCCAUUCUCAACCGCAAGUUAAACUUGGUGGGUCUCCAGUCACCACUAAAGCCUCAGCCCAAAGAAUCCCCAAAGCCCUCUCCACAUAAGACCAGUGGUGAUCCAGGUGAGGGUCUGCAGCGCCCCACUGUUCCACCCCCACCUCCUCCCUCUCGCCCCCUCCUGCCGCCAAGACCUCAAAUAAGGUUGACACCGGCCUCCUCGGAAACCAGUCUUUUGGAAGGGGUUGAUUCUGUUACAACUACUAAUGCUACUGUCGCUCCUACCGCGACCGCCACCGUCUGUGCUUCUGAGAAAUCUCCAGAAAAGGCUCCUCUCACUGCAGCCAAUGAGGAGAGGGCUGGCACAGAGAAGACAUGUGUCAAACAGGCUGAGGCAAAGCAGACCGCCAAGCCAAAUGAGUCGAGUGAUGAGGUACCGGGCCCUUCCACUGCGACCAACAGUAGCAAGGCUUAUCAAACAAAGGACAAGGCUUCAGAUGGCUCAUGCAGCACGCGGGAUAGUCUAGAGGACCACGCCAUCUGGGAAUCCCCAGAAACCAUGUUUCGUAAUCAGACAGCACGCUGGCCCAAAGCCUCUAUGGUGUGUGAUGUAGAGAGCAACCACAAGUACCUUAAUGUGGCCCUGUGGUGCAAAGAUCCCUUUAAGCUGGGUAGUUUGUUGUGCCUGGGCCACGUGAGCCUCCAGCUGGAGCACGUAGCACUGGAAUGUAUGGCGACAUCUUCUGCGGAGUACCAGAGCACCUUUCGGCUGGGGCCCACUGAGCCCCGAGCUAACGUUAGCCGCACUGCACUACGCAGUCUCGGCACCCACAAGGGCUUCAAUGAGAAGCUGUGUUACGGAGAUGUUACCCUGAACUUCUGUUACUUAGCCGAGGGUGACUUUGAGUAUCAAGGGGGGCUGGUAGAGAGAGAGGAGGGGAGUCUUCACGAUGAGGACCUAAGGGAGAGGGAGAGGGAACACAUCCCCUCGGCACCACGCGACGACUUGGCCUAUGGCGCCAUGCAGUUGGUGGAGGUUCGUCACAACUUCCAGGACACACAGUUCCAGAACCCCACCUGGUGUGAAUACUGCAAGAAGAAGGUUUGGACCAAGGCAGCCUCUCAGUGUAUGAUCUGCGCCUACGUUUGCCACAAGAAGUGCCAGGACAAGUGCCUCUCUGAGAAUCCCUUCUGUGUGGCGGCGACCGAACGUCGUGGAGCUGACCCUGAGGCCAAAUCCACCAUAAACCGGGCCACCACUGGCCUGACGCGCCACAUCAUCAACACCAGCUCCCGCCUGCUUAAUCUCCGCCAGGUGCAGAAGACUCGGCUAGUUGAGCAGGUGGUCGAUGUGGUGCCCGGAACGGUGGAACCCUCACCCAAGCACACACCCAACACUUCAGACAAUGAGAGCAGCGACACUGAGACCUACACCAGUGGUGCCAGCCCCUCGAAACAGCCAGUCAGCAGCGGUGGCAGCAGUAAACUUGUACGACGGGAAGGCGGGUUGGAUGACAGCGUCUUCAUCGCCGUGAAGGAGAUAGGUCGGGACCUGUACCGGGGGCUGCCCACAGACGAACGCUCCCAGAAGCUCGAGUUGAUGCUGGAUAAGCUGCAGCAGGAAAUUGACCAGGAGCUGGAGCAUAACACCGCCCUUCUGCUGGAGGAGAGGGAGGCCACAGAUUCCCGACGCAAGGCCCUGAUUAAUACGGCCCUGACCAAGUCUGGGGAGAGGCUGCAGGCCCUCACCUUGCUGAUGAUCCACUAUCGAGCUGGCAUUGAGGACCUGGAGUCGGUGGAGAGCACCUCGCCCUCGGAGCAGCAGGGCUUCAAAGGAAAAGGAGAAGGCCUGGAGGAAGAGGCCCUGAUGGGAACUGAGGUCUAUGACAGUGACAUCUGCAGCCCGGUGGAGGUGCAGCUGCUGGAUGACAUUACCGAGGAGCAGAUCUGUGUGGAGGCGCUCCACUAAAUAAGACUAGAAGGAAUAAGGAAGAGGGACAUGCUCACGUCUCGCUCCCAAAAUUGUGUCCGGAUUGCUUUUUGAGAGGGAUUCCAGCAGUCUGUUUUAAAUAUUUGGGGGUUGCUGAGGUCCAGUUUUUGAUUCACUUCAUUUUUACAUGAAAAAAAGAAAGGAUGGUUAAAGGAAUUUUCUCCCUCCAGAUUCAUAAUAAUCCUAAUCAUUGAUGUUUUUCUUUGCACAGUGUGAUGCUCUCCAUGCUUUUCCGUGUGUUUUGGGUUUUUUUUAAAGGGAAACUUGAAAGCUACAUCAUUACCUGUUCUCAGUAGCGCUGCACAUUUAUCCUGUUUUUUUUGUUGUUGCUGUUGUUUUUGGCUUCAAAUGUCAUUGUAAGCAUUUAAUCUAGUUUGCUUUCUUGUCUGUUACCAAUUUGACAUAAGGACUCUAGACGACGUGCACCUGUCUGUGGUGUACUAAUCUGAAUCAUCUUUAAUUUUUGGAGAAGCAAACAUGUUGAAUAUUUCCUUGUUGUGAAUAACAAGUCCAUAUGAAGGUGACAUAUUUAAGUCAAUAUCCGUGUGAACACUACUAAGGAAAAGCAGCUUUACACAUCCACAUCUGUGGAACAUCUUCUUUGUCUAAUGCAGUCAUACAUAUCUUUUUGUUUUGGGCACUUUUUUACUGUAACAUAUUUGGAUUUUAGAAGUGACUUUCUCUCCUCACACAGCUCUUUGUGAUUUCAGCAUAAUUAUAAGUGGAACCUAAUAUAUAAUUUUGCCUCUUUGUUUUGGUUUAUUUGUAUUUGUAUUAGCCAGGCCAAACAUGUUGUUACCCUAAGGCACGUAACUUAUCAAAACUGUCAUGGAUCGAAUGUGAGAGAGGCUCGAAUAUUGUUUGUGAUUGAUUUCUGAAUGAUCGUUUCCAAGCAAACGCUUGUUGUCGGGACAUUUUUUGGACGCCCUUCAUAAUCUUUUGAAGGGCUGGUUGAGGGUUAAUAUUUGCUAGAAUUGAGUUUAUGUUUGGGUGAGGGUUGGGGUAGAAAGACCAACCUGUGUGUCUUUGUGAAGAUGAUUUCCAUUCUUCAAGCAGCUUGUUUUCAUGCCCAAACAAAUGUACAUUCAGCCCUUAUCCAUGUUUUGUGUAUAUACAACUGUUUGGUACCACCUUAUCUUGUUCCCUGGCAAAACCAUCAACCAAGCAUUGGUGUAGCACGAUUCUAUCAUGAUUCUAUCACGACUAUCUACUGCUGUUCAUCCAUUUUUCAACCUUAGAGCGCCUCUGGAAGAUUGCUUGUCAAGAGGGUAUAAUCUUACUCUUUGUAUAUCUCAAGGAAAAAACAUUCAUCCCGAAACACUGAAAAAUGGCAGACAAUGUCCUUUCCCCCCACCCCUUGUUAUUCUGAUGGUUAUCUUGCCAGUCAGUGCCACAACAGAUAUUUCCAGCACAAACAGAAAUGGGGUUUGAUCGUGGAUAUUCGGUAAGGUUGAGUUUGAUAACUUUCUAUAAAUAUCAGCAGCCAUCGGCAGGUUUUUCUUGGAUCAGAAUUGUGACGUUCAACGAGUCGUCAGGGAGAACAGCCCUACGUUUAAAAAAAAAGAAAAAUAAAAGAAUGGUUUAGUUAGAGUAUCAGAUUGAGUUGGAAGUCUUUACGUAAUAUUUGAUAGUUUUUUUGACAGUCAUACUGUACCAUCUCUUUGGGUUGUUGAAUGGCCUCAGUAUGUGUAAAAUGAAGCGCUCGUUGGAAACGUCUUAGUAGCAUCUUUUCAACAGUUAGGCUCCUGUGUCCCAUCAGUUUGUUUCGAACUUUGGGACAAUAUGACAUCCCAAUAUGACCGGUAGUGACACUAUCCCUCAAUAUUUCUGACUGUGACUACAACAGUCAGUCUCUUGUCGAGAGUGAGGAAGAAGGGCCGAUAGAAAAAGCCUAAAUUGUUGCUUUUUAAAUUACAAUUUUUUUCCCGUAAAUCACAUUUUUUCCUUGGCCCCAUAUCCGUCCAUGCCCCCCAGGGGUUGGCGAGCACUACGUUAAGGCUGGCACAAGGAUUGUCUCAAGAUUUUGAAUAAAAAAAGAAAAUAUGACACUGCUCAAAAUACACUGAACACCAGUUGAUUUUUUUUAGACUUUAAUGUGUUGGACACGCCCAAGCCGGUACGAACACGGACAGUUGUGGGUUUGCAUACAUCGACACGUUUCGCCAAUGUACAGUAGAAAACAUGACAGCAAGAAGACAAGUUUUGUUUGGCUGAAAAUGCAAAAAAAAGUCACACAAAAAAGAAAUCGGUGUCUGACAGCUUCACGAGAACAGGAACAAGGACGUGGAAUACAGUACAAACAUCACAAAAUACAAAUAUUACACGAGCAUCCAAUUCACUCUUCUGGCGCAUGUGCAGUCGGCGUGCUUGCCGUCCUCAAAUUUUCGGACCACACGAGGGUCCACGCGAACCCCUUCGCCGACGUCGUCGCAGAUGACAACGGUCACGUCAUGGCGGACCUUUGUGGACACGCGCACGCAGAAAGCAUGAACUGGCCUUUAGUGGAAGCAAAGGCACACUUCACGUCGUUUUUAAGUGUAGUAGAUAUGUGGCUCUUGUAGAUAUUGGCUUACUGGCUGCUAUACUUGUCGAAUCUCUCUCUCAAGUCACUGUAUAUUCAGAUUUUUUGUGCAAUAUUUUUGUAGGAAAUGACACCAGAUAAUCAGCGACCAAUCCCAAUGUUUGUGGUUUGUCUCCUUUUUCUCUCUGAAAAGUGUGUAGUCGCCGUGCCCCGUCCGUCUCUAACCGGAGGGGAGAUCGAUGACGGCCCGACGGGAGGAGUCCCCGCUCUUAAACCCCUUUAGCCCGAGAAAGCACUGCUUUUGCUGCUGCUGCUGCUGCUGCUGUUCUUGCUGUCGUUACAGUGUGCUCUUCCACAGAACUCAUAACCACAGGCUUCUGCCACCCCCUCCCCCUCCCCCUCCCCCAGCACCUAACCUUUUGAAACUGCACUUACAGUUCCGCCUGUGUCCACCGCAGCUUUUCAAGCAGGUGUUUGUUUCUUUUCCUUAUUUUGUGUAUGUGAGGGACGUAGUACAGCUUUUCAAGGAGGCUCAUGUGAAGCUUUACUGUACAUAACCUAAAUAAACAAGCUCAAAUUGA